AUGGAGGCUACCGAAGUUCACCAAGCCCCCGUCCCUGUUGAUGAGCCCAUGAACGACGCCUACGCCGAGACUGGCGAGCAGGAGCCCAUGGAUGCCACCCCCAAGACCGAGGAAGAGUACGCGCAGUCCAUGCUGACUCUGCGUGCCAUCGUCUCGUCCAAGGAAGCUGGUGUCAUCAUCGGCAAGGCUGGCAAGAAUGUCGCUGAUCUGCGCGAUGAGACUGGUGUCAAGGCCGGUGUGAGCAAGGUCGUGCCUGGAGUCCAUGACAGGGUUCUCACCGUCACUGGUCCUCUCCAAGGUACUGCUCGUGCCUAUGCUAUUGUCGCAAAGGGUCUGCUCGAGGGCGCCCCCCAGAUGGGCAUGGGCGGCGUUGUCUCCAACAAUGGAACCCACCGUAAGUCGUUCCAUCAUCCCAAUACCCUACCCAAGGACCCCGCCCGUCUUCCCUACCAGAAGGCUACAUUGGCCCCUCCCAGACAGUAUCUGUACUACCCAGGACAUUACCCCGGGCACUAUCCAGGACACUACCCCCACUACUCAGGAUUCCAUUCUUACGCGCGGCCGCGAUUCUAUUGCAAUGCUAACUUCCCUCAAGCUGUGCGCCUGCUCAUCUCUCACAACCAGAUGGGUACCAUCAUUGGGCGCCAGGGUCUGAAGAUCAAGCACAUCCAGGACGCGUCUGGCGUUCGCAUGGUCGCCCAGAAGGAGAUGCUUCCUCAGUCUACCGAGCGGAUUGUUGAGGUGCAAGGCACCCCCGAAGGAAUCGAGAAGGCUGUCUGGGAAAUCGGCAAGUGCUUGAUCGAUGACUGGCAGCGCGGCACAGGCACUGUUCUCUAUAAUCCUGCCGUUCGCGCAUCUCUCGGUGGCGCCCAGCCCGGUCCUCAGGCCCCUGCCGCUGUGCCUUCUGGCAACGGCUAUAACAGCCGCCAAUACAACCGCACAGGCAAUGGGGCCGACUUCAGUGACAACAGUGGUUACAGCCGCCGCUCCAACUCCGACGCCGGAACUCGUGGGUUCCCCUUGGUGACGGAGGAUGGUGAUGAGAUCCAGACUCAAAACAUCAGCAUUCCUGCUGAUAUGGUCGGUUGCAUCAUCGGUCGCGCGGGCAGCAAAAUCACCGAGAUCCGCCGGAGCUCUGGAGCCCGCAUCUCGAUUGCCAAGGCUCCUCAUGACGACACUGGCGAGCGCAUGUUCACAAUCAUGGGCAGCGCCUCUGCUAACGAGAAGGCUUUGUAUCUGCUGUAUGAGAACCUGGAAGCAGAGAAGACUCGUCGCAGCCAGCUGCCCCAGGAGUAG